AUGUCGGAUCUCACACAUUUCGACCUCCUUCCCCUCCAGAUGGACCCUCAGUCCAAGGCCAUCAGCUCUCAAAGACCUUCGCGCUCACUGAACGCCGAACUCGAAGCCCUCAAUACCCUCCACCGCUCUCUCCUCAACGUCGAAUCCCCCACAGGCGCACCUCCUCCUCCCGUCCCCGUCAACCCUAAGCGCACCGCCAAUGUGACCAAGCUGCGCGACUCUGGCAACAACGAGUACCGCAAGGGCAAGUUCCCCGAGGCCAUCAAGUUCUACACCCUCGGCGUGCAGAUGGCCAUGCAGCGACCCAUGUGGGAGCCUGCUGCGCUGGUGCGAGAGGAAAUCAGCGGAUUGCUUGCGAACAGGGCGCAGGCGCACAUGGCGAUGCAGAACUGGGCUGAGGGUGCCGUGGAUGCUCAUGCAAGUGUGGAGGCGCGAUGGGUGGGAAAUGCGAAGGCUUGGUGGAGGAGAGGAAGGUGUUUGGCAGAGAUGGGAAGACUGGAGGAGUCCAGGGAUUGGGUUAGAAGAGGAUUGGAGGUCGAGGGCGAAGAGGGAGAGUUGGUACAGCUUCUCAGGGAUGUUGAGGAAAGGAUUGAGAAGCAGGAGGAGGCAUGA